GGAGCAGCCGAAGGAUCGUGGGGAAGGAUGGCUGGAAAGGCUUUGGCUGCUCGGCCGGGCUGUGCUGAGCUCUGCACGGAGGAAGCUGCUUGUUUUAGUGUCUCAUCUAUGAGUUGUGUCGGUGCUUUCUGGCUCGGUAUCACAGGGAAGCUGCAGAGCUGACUGAGGUUAAGGAGCGAAUUAAGGACACUGUUGCACUGCCUUUCAUCUGCAUAGAUCCGCUCUUAGAGCAACUGUAACACACGUCUUCUGUCCAAUACUUAGAAAAUUCACGUAUCAAAAGUGGAUAACAAACUUCCUAGAUGCAUAUUUACCCUGAGCUUAUAGCUUUGUCUGAGCUGUUACAGGCCAUUCAAUAAAAUCACUCCUCCAAGUGUUAAACUGCCUGGUAAGGACAUGGGUAGCAGCUGCAUUCUCUCCUGGUUCUGUUGUCCUGCUGCUGGGUGCCCUGCAGUGGAGCUGGUUGGAUUCUCACACACUUCUGGCUCAGUGUUUUUAUCUUUCUGCGCUUAUUUGCCUGCAGCAGUUUUUUGUUGUUCACUAUAAAGCUGGCGUGACAAUUCUGUAAGACCAUGUGAAGAAUUAGUCAUUAUUUUUUUUGCAAGUGACAACUUUCCAUUAAGGUGGAAAAAAAAAAUACUUUUCAAAAGACCAGCCUUGCAUCCAAGAGAGCUCCUAGUUUUAAGUCACCAGUUUUAAGAAUGCUUUUCUGAAACGUUAUUUAACUGUUACUUAAGAAGGAGGGAGAACUACGCAUCAUUUGUUUUGUGCAGGAGAAAGGAAUAUUGAUGUUUCCACUAUGCUGCUGGAAAGCAGAGAGCAAGUCUUGGCUGGAUGGCUCAGUGUGGAGGGCGGUGAGCUGCAGGUACCAACCAGGGUCAGUCAUGCCCUGAGCUCUGCAGGCUUUUCUCUGUGCUGUGUGAAGGUUCCUGGUUACAGCUGGGGUGAACGUGGCUCUCAAAACAGUUGGGCUAGUGAGUUUUGUUUGUUGCAUACCUGUUUGAUGUUAUUACUGCCCACAGCUUAGAAGCAGAAGGACCGACCGCACUGCUAGCCUUGCAACACUUGUAGUGUCAGCAUACAGCAGUAAGAGUGGAGCACCAGGUUUGUGUAGGUCAGAGAGGUGCUUUUGAUGUUCCACUCUUAACAACGUGUUCGUGCAAGUGCCUUGUAGGGCAUGUUUAGUCCUAUGGCUCUGUGCCUCAGCUUCUCUCUGCACCACAGUAAGGACUCCUUUCUGAGCUUUUCUGCUUCGUGUGUGUUAAGAUGGAAAGCAGUCACUGCAGGGACUGCAGUGCCAUCACUGGGCUGACGUGUGCUCUGGUUGGUCGAGGUUUGCAGGCUCAAACCCAAUGUUCCGUGUCUUUACACUUGAAGGGGUAGAGGCUGCUGUCCAGGCUGCUGUCCUGGAAUAAAGAAAACAAAACAGAAGAACUUAGAAUAGGCAGGAGCUACUUCCAUGUGGGCUUCCUGCUGUGGGUUGCUGAAUGAAGUCAUGGGGACUGGGGCUGUCCGUGGCCAGCAGGCCGGCUUUGCAGGAGGCGCCGGCCCGUUCCGCUUCGCCCCGAACGCGGCUUUCUCGUCAUGUCCAUCUCCAGCUGCAGCAGCUGCUAACGUGGUUUGCAAAGCCUGUGGACUGCCCUUCUCAGUUUUUAGGAAAAAACACGUGUGUUGUGACUGCAAGAAGGAUUUCUGCUCCGUUUGUUCCGUCUUACAAGAGAAUCUCCGAAGAUGUUCGACUUGUCACUUGCUGCAAGAAACAGCAUUUCAGCGGCCACAGCUGAUGAGACUGAAAGUCAAGGAUCUGCGCCAGUACCUUGUUCUCAGAAACAUCCCGACAGAUACCUGCAGGGAGAAGGAAGACUUGGUGGAUCUCGUGCUGUGCCACCACUUAGGCUCAGAGGAGGACAUGGACGCUGGUAGCUUGCGCUCAUCGCGCUCACAGACUUCUGGGUUUUUUACUCAUCCAUUUUCUAUGUCUGUGUCGGUGUCGUCCCAAGGAGAACUUGCAAACAGAGGGGGAAGCACAGGAAAUGGGACACCUUUACGGGGCCAAACUGAAACAUCUUCUGUAAAUAAUGAUGAAGAAGAAAGUGCCGAGGAACAGACUCCCAGAUUGUCCAGAAAACGAGCGAGAGCCUCUCUGUCUGAUAUUUCAAGUCUGGAGGACAUCGAAGGCUUGAGUGUUCGGCAGCUGAAGGAGAUCCUUGCGUGUAAUUUUGUCAACUAUUCAGGAUGCUGUGAGAAAUGGGAACUUGUGGAGAAAGUGAGCAGGCUGUACAGAGAGAGUGAGGAAAACCACAAAACACAGGGUGAGAAGGUACAGCUGAACGACAACGAUGACAACUUGUGCCGGAUCUGCAUGGAUGCAGUGAUCGACUGCGUGCUGCUGGAGUGCGGCCACAUGGUGACCUGCACCAAGUGCGGCAAGAGGAUGAGCGAGUGCCCCAUCUGCCGGCAGUACGUUGUGCGGGCUGUGCAUGUCUUUAAGUCUUAAACGAAGACCAAAAGCCAAUUUUAGUCACCCUCUGACUACCAGGAUUUCUGUGGGCAGGAGUGCUGAACCCUGGGGCGUAGAUCAGAUUUUUAAUUCUCAAACACAACAUUUUGAACAUCAGGACGUAGAAUUUAUGAAGACUUUUUUACAGCAUACUUAAUCUGACGGUUGGGCAGGAUGAUGUGAUGCCUGUGCGCACAGUGACAGAGCUGCCUGACUUUCCUUAAACCCACAAACUGAGUCAAACUGUUUACAGCAGUUAUUGCUCUCUUCUGAAGAAUAUCAGCCCUAGUUAUUGCAUUCAGUACUCAGCAAGAGGUCACAGAAACCACCUUUGCUCAACCAUCCUUGCGUUACGCUGUCCAGUCCUCUAGAACUUAUUGGUUGAACAUUCUGUUCUUAUGCAAUUAAACAAACAUAGAAUGUAACUGACACUGUUCCUGUAACAGUGUUAACAGUAUAAAGACUCAAGAAAGCACUGCCAUUAACUGUACCUGCACAGAAGACCUUAAGCAAUCUGUUUGACAGGGAUUGCUGCGCUCUGAAUGUCAGACAUUACCCCUGUGUUCUCUUGGCCAUUCUCUGUCACUCUGUAGGGCUCUCUCAUCUGGUAUCCAAGUACUGCUUACUAAGUACUUUUCUUUAGGAAUGA